AAGCCGGUUUAGCUGUGUGUGAUAUCGCAGUUCCUCCUUCCUCAAGUAAAGCAGUUCAGAAUCGCUCUCUGCGGGUAAAGCGUUAAGCCGCUAUGGAAGGACAAGAAGGGGUGCAGCAGCCACAGAUCAUUCUCGCUAACAAGCUCUUUCAUCUCAGACACCCCGACGUUCAAGACAUUGAAAAGGUCCGGCUCAAAGACGAGGUGUUCACUCAUGUCAAGGAUAAUGACAUGGUUCCUUUAUACGAAACCCUAGUCGCUGAUUCUGUAUUGCCCAUGGAUCAGAGCGUUUGGGACUCGAUGCGUGCUAAAAUAGACGAGGAACUCAAGAAGCUUGACGAGAAGAUUGCUGAUGCUGAGGAAAACCUAGGUGAGAGUGAAGUUCGAGAGGCUCACUUGGCAAAGUCCAUGUUUUUCAUCCGGAUUGGUGACAAGGAAAAGGCCUUGGAACAUCUCAAGUUAACGGAAAGCAAGACGGUUGCAGUUGGUCAGAAGAUGGAUCUGGUGUUUCAUACAUUGCAGCUUGGUUUUUUUGACAUGGAUUUUGAUCUCAUUUCCAACAGCAUUGACAAAGCUAAAAACUUGUUUGAAGAAGGUGGUGAUUGGGAAAGAAAGAACCGGUUGAAAGUGUAUGAAGGCUUGUACUGCAUGUCCACUCGAAAUUUCAAGAAGGCUGCCAAUCUGUUUUUGGAUUCUAUUUCAACAUUUACAACCUAUGAACUUUUUCCCUAUGACACUUUCAUAUUUUACACAGUUUUAACAAGCAUUAUAUCAUUGGAUAGAGUUUCCAUGAAGCAAAAGGUGGUGGAUGCUCCUGAGAUCUUGACAGUGAUUGGCAAAAUCCCAUAUCUUUCAGAGUUUUUGAACUCCCUAUAUGACUGUCAAUACAAGCCAUUUUUCUCAGCAUUUGCUGGCUUGACGGAGCAAAUCAAGUUGGACCGCUAUUUGCAUCCACACUUCCGAUAUUACAUGAGGGAGAUCAGAACCGUUGUUUAUUCACAGUUCUUGGAAUCUUACAAGAGCGUCACAAUUGAGGCAAUGGCAAAAGCAUUUGGGGUGACCGUGGAUUUCAUUGAUCUGGAGCUAUCCCGUUUUAUUGCAGCUGCGAAACUUCAUUGCAAGAUUGAUAAGGUUGCAGGCGUUCUAGAAACUAACCGCCCUGAUUCUAAGAAUGCUCUUUACCAAGCAACUAUCAAGCAAGGGGACUUUCUAUUGAACCGAAUCCAGAAGUUGUCGCGUGUUAUUGAUCUUUAAAGUGUGUUAUUUCUUGCGAAAACUCUCAAAAAUUUUUGGAGGGGUAGACAAACAAUCGAUUUCGAGGAUUUUCUGUUGUAUGCAUUAUAUCCUUGCCAUAUGGUACUCCUGUUGUGUGACUUCAGAUUUUUCACAAUCAAGCGUCUGAUUCUUAAUGUGAUACAAUGCAAGUUUCAAUGAAUAUUUUAUACGUACUUUUGGAAUUGUUA